UUGAAGUCAGUGUGGAAGUGAAUGGAUAUUCCAACAGCAUGGCUGGACUAAUAGUUUUUCUACUUGUAGUAAUUGCUCAGGAUACCCUAUCUCUUAAACUCAGAGAUUUCAAUGUACCAGCAGUUGUCAUGAGAGGUGAUCCGGUUAGGCUCAACUGCUCUUAUGAUCUAGAAAGAGAGGUAUUAUAUUCCAUCAAAUGGCACAAGAAUAACGUAGAAUUUUACAGAUACUUACCUGCCGACAAUCCACCGGAACAGAAAUAUGAACUUCCUGGAAUAUUCUUAGAUCUUGGAUGGUGCAAAGAAGGCUAUAUUUUCAUGUACAAGACUGAUGUUCAUUCAGAAGGGACUUACCGAUGUGAAGUUUCUACAGAAGCACCAUUUUUCAGAACAGUUAAGGGAGAAAGUGAGAUGAGGAUUUACGUUAAUCCAAGUUCCCCUCCUGCAAUAGUUGGGGUAAAGAAUCAAUAUGGGAUAGGAGAAAUGGUAAAUGUCACUUGCAUAUCCUCUCCUUCUCGACCGCAGGCGUUCCUGAAAUGGUGGAUCAAUGAUCAGGAAGCUAGAAAUGAAGAUAUAUUUCGACCCAAACCAAAAGAAUCUGCAGACGGGCUUUUCACUUCUGAACUUAUUUUGAAUUUUCGUGCUAAAUCACACCAUUUCAGGACAGGGAGAAUGAAACUUGUCUGUGAAGCCAUUAUAUCUCAAGCGCACGCCCUACGCAGCGAAGAAAUUCUCGUUUCGAAUCAUUCAACGUCACCUAAAAGAACAUAUUACACAGGAUUUGGCACUCAAAAAGAUGGACCAUCAAUAACCGGUGGUAGAGGCAAAUAUGGUGUGGGAGACAUAGUUGAUAUUAAUUGUACAUCAGCGAAAUCUCAACCUCCAGCGGAAUUACACUGGUACAUCAACGAUAGAGAGGCAAAACCGGAAUAUCUGAUGUCAUUAGAGCCAAUUUUCUACAAAGAUGGUAUGAUAUCAACGAGAUUAAGAUUACGAUUCAUGGUCAAACAUCGACAUUUUCAAACAAACGAGAUGCGCUUGCGCUGUACGGCUACACUCUCUGAAGUGAAGAAAAUGUCCAGUGAAGCUUUGGAAGCGGAGAUUUCUGAGCAGCAGAUGUCUGACCUUCACGUCGAUUUUAAUACAGGAGCAGUUCCCAGUAAAAGUCUUCGGAGGUUUGAAGAAUAUAAUCCCGUCUGGAUCUUUAUGCUUCUGUCAAUUGUCUCAAGAUUUGUACUUUAAAAGAAAAAAGAAAUGUUUAUGACGUCAGAUCUGCUUGUUUGUCAAGUGGUAUGACAGAAUGAAGAAACUUGUUUGCAGACCUUGACACAUUCAUCACUUAACGAAACAUCAAUCGAUUAAUCGACUCUACGAUUAAUCUAUCAAAAUUGAUUAAGUGACAGAAAAGGACUAAAUUUACUUGUUGACUGAAAGAAAUGAUGAACAAUUUUGACAAGGUGCUUAUUGACAAUUCAUUGUCAAAAUAAAAAAUUUCACCUAUUUGAUUUUAACCUUCAUAUGUGUACCAAUUCAUCGUAUCAAUGAAAAUUUUUAUCUGUGCUAUAAAUGUAUUCUGCGUUAACAGAAAUCAUUCUUACUCAUUGCAUGUAUAUUGAUGUGUUAAAUACUUCUGAGAAGUAUGUAUGUUUAUGAGUUUUAAUUUAAAGGAAAGUCUCAAGGAAGAAUGUCUUAAGAAAUGAAUUCAUGAUCAUGAGACUGAA